UGUGAAUAUACCAGCAUGCAUCGCAUUGCCUCUGUGAACACUUGGUUAAUGUUCAUUGAUGCUUAUCGUUUUUAAAUUAGAAUUCAUCUUGUUGACGAGCGUUUCCAUAAAGAAGAUGAAAUAAGAUCUUCAUAAAGACAUUUACAUACGAACAUUUCAUGUUUUCGAGUGGAAUAUGAUUUCGCGUUGACAGUUUAAACGAUACGACAGUUGUUGACAUUGUUUAAUGUAUUUUACAGCUACGAUAGUUCAAUACUACCUUACAGCCCGCACUGACAGUUAGGCCCGCCUACCCGCUCUGAACUGGAGGCGCCAUAUACCAGUGAGCCGUGAGAUAGCAAAGACCCAAUGCGAGAGUGUUAUACCUUAGCAGUGAGAGAUCUAAGCGCUUCAUCCUCCCUGAACUAAGCUUUUUCCUCCAACAAAGUGGACGAUAUUCGGCCCCGCAGGAUACGCAGCUCCUGAAAGAAAAGAGCCGUUGUGCCGCAGCGGCAAGAUUUCAGCUCGUCUCGCAGUAACUGUGAGGCCUUCAUCCAAACAUCCAAGCCACAUCUCGUGUCGGAGUAACUCAUUGUAUUUGGAACUGGAUAAUUUGUCGUAUAAAUCCCGUGAUUAUAUCUGCAACGAUGCCCGGAAACAACUACGAGCUAGAAGACGUCACAGUGAAGUACAAGUCGGACAUGAACUCUGAGAGCGGUAGCGCGCCACGUGACCGAGGAAUGUACGUCAGCACCUCCAAGGCGUUCAUACUCGCCUUCCUCGCUAUCGCAAUCGCCGUCGGCGUCGGUAUCAUCGUACAUUUCGCAGGACCGGGGUCAACAUUUGAAUGCAAAUGUACUUACCCGACGUCGGAUAGCGGAUCGUCGUCGGCGGCAAUGCAGCAGUGCAAAGAUUGGGCGGCCGCGGGACAAGUGGAGAUAUGUAGCGCAUGCCCCGCCGCGACUCAAACGCCUUGCCCCAGCACCGCCUCCACCUCAAGCCCCGCCCCCACACAACCACCUGUCUCCACCACUGGGGCUACUAUAGUUACCACUCAGGCGCCAUCCUCAACACCAAAGCCUACUGUUAAAGAUGUGCGAAUACCUUUGCACAUGAUGCCUAUCAAGUACACAGUGGAGCUACAGGUGUUCAUGUACGCGCCCCUGGAGCCAGCAGAGUUCUAUUUCAACGGAAGUGUCGUAGUAAGCUUCGAAUGCAAGAAUGCUACAGACAUGAUAUACUUGCACUCAAACAAACUCAACUACACAGGGUCUUUUGAUGUUAAAACUGAAAAUGGCCUCGAGAACUUGUACAGCAGACACACAUUCGACCUUGAUCGCCAGUUUCUGAUCGUGCACAUGACCGAAAAAUGUGCGAUCAACAAAAACUACACCCUUGAGAUACCGCACUUCCGGGGACCGCUGGCUGCCGACCUUGCCGGCCUUUACCUAAGCUCUUACACACGUGAAAAUAAAACCAUCCAUAUCGCCACGUCACAGAUGCAGCCGACAGACGCCCGCAAAACGUUCCCGUGCAUGGAUGAGCCGGCAAUCAAGGCGCAGUUUGAAGUGACCUUGGUCCGCAAGAGUCACAUGGUCUCGAUCUCAAAUAUGCCGAUCAUCUCCAAUGCUUCAAGGGCUGACGACUGGUUUGCGGACAAGUUCGCAGUGACGCCCAAGAUGUCUACCUACCUACUCGCCUUCAUCAUAUGUGACUUCAACUACACAGAGAACACGACUGAGAACGACGUAACGUAUCGAGCAUAUGCGCGCCCAGAUGCGGUCGAUCAGACCCCAUACUCGCUGGAGACUGGUGUGAAAAUCCUGACGUUCUUCGAGAAGUACUUCAACGUUACAUACCCGCUCCCUAAACAAGAUAUGAUUGCAAUCCCUGACUUCUCUGCGGGCGCUAUGGAGAACUGGGGUCUGAUCACAUACAGGGAGACCGCCAUGCUGUACCAGCCCGGGGUUUCUUCGGCAGGAAACAAGCAGCGCGUGGCUGUCGUUGUCUCGCAUGAGCUGGCGCACCAGUGGUUCGGUAACCUGGUGACGCCGUCCUGGUGGGACGACCUGUGGCUCAACGAGGGUUUCGCCAGCUACGUGGAGUACAUGGGCGUGGAUCACGUGCACCCUGACUGGAAGAUGUUCGAACAGUUCGUGGUAGAAGACCUGCAGGACGUGUUCAACUUUGACGGCCUCAUCUCAUCUCACCCUGUAUAUGUACCAGUGGCUCACCCGGACGAGAUCAACGAGAUCUUCGACAGGAUCUCAUACGCCAAGGGCGCCUCCAUUAUCCGGAUGAUGCGCUUCUUCCUAGGAGACGACAACUUCCAAAAGGGGCUUACGAAUUACCUUCGCUCUCUUGAGUACGGAGCCGCCUUCCACGAUGACCUGUGGUACGCGCUCGGAAAUCGCUCUGACUUCAAUGUCAAGGAGGUGAUGGACACCUGGACGCUGCAGAUGAACUAUCCCACCGUCAUGGUGUCUCAUAGCCAGACGGGACAGAUAACCCUCACACAGAGCAGAUACCUGCAGGAUCCCAAGGCAACGGACCCUGGCAAAUACGUAUCCCCUUUUGGUUACAAGUGGUAUAUCCCAUUCACGUAUACUACUAGCUCUAGACAAAGAUUUAACGUGACAUCUAACGACGUCAAAUGGCUGAAUAAAACAGGAAAUAGCGAAGUUGUGAAUGACACCGACAUCCUGGCUCCAGGUGUGGGAUGGGUGCUAGGCAACCCGAUGCAAUACGGAUAUUACCGAGUGAAUUACGACAUUACAAACUGGAACAUGCUUAUACAGCAGCUCGUCACUGACCACAAGGUAAUUCACGCGAUUAACCGCGCGCAGAUCAUCAACGACGCGUGGAGCCUUGCGCAAUCCGGGGACCUUGCGAUGGAGGUGGCCCUACAGACAACCAACUACCUGGAUAAGGAGCGCGAGUACGUGCCCUGGGCGGCCGCCUCCUCGCAGCUGUCCUUCGUAAACUCAAUGCUAGCCAGACACCCGCUUUACGGUUCCUUUAGAAAGUUUAUGCGGAACAAGACUGAGGACACAUUCAACGAGCUGACGAUGAACAAUACUAACGCGCUUCAUCUCGAUUCGUACGUCCGUUCCGCCAUUACUGACCUCGCUUGCACAUAUGGGAUCCAGGAGUGCAUUAACGAGGCCAAGAGGCUGUUUAGGCAAUGGAAGAAUAACCCUGAUGAUAACCCCGUGGACCCAGGUAUAAAGAGCACAGUCUACUGUACGGCGGUGGCUGAGGGGACGCUAGACGACUGGGAGUUUGCGCUUGCGCGAUACCGCGUUGAGAACCUGGCUGCUGAGAAGUCGCGUCUCCUUUCGGCCCUCGCCUGCUCCCGGGAGUCGUGGGUGCUGAGUAGAUACCUUCAGAUGGCGAUAGAUCAAAGUAGCCAGUCCGAAAUCCGGCGCCAGGACGCAGUCUCCGUUAUCGUCUACAUAUCCCGGAACACCAUCGGGAGGUCGCUGGCGUGGGACCUGUUCAGGGAUAAAUGGGACUUUUUCCUCAACGAGCACGGCCGGCAGCUGUACGCCUUUACUCGGCUUAUAUCCGGCGUCACGGACUGGUUCAACUCUCCACAGAAGUACCAGGAGUUGCAAGCGUUCAUAGCGAGCAAGAAUGAUCUUGGGUCCGGAGCACGUGCGUUCGAUCAAGCGCUUGAGAAAACCCGGAGCAACAUCAAGUGGAUGGUAGCAAACGUCCCAGUGAUACAGACUUGGUUGCAGAGUCAGGGCUUUUAGACGCAGACAUGUGACCGUCCGUCCAGUGUCCACCACUUUGGAGUCGUGUGUCAUCAUGUGCCAUUAACUCUUCGUGUACACGAAACUUUUGUUUAGUAAAAUUGGUUUAAGGCGUUUUAUUCGUUAUAACUUAUAAAUACAAUAUAGGUUUUUGAUUUAGCGUGUAAAGCAUGUAUUUGCAAGGUUUUGUUACACUUACAACAACAAAUGUAUACAUAAGAGCGAUGCUAAAAUAUACGUUGAUACAUGCUAUUAUUGGAUGAUCAUCGUCAAAUGGAUGAAUAUUGUUGUGAUAAGUCUUUUAUAAUAUUUUUAAAUAAAUUGAAAAACAAAUUGUACAUGGCUUCAUGACAUGCUGCUACACAUCUACGUCAUCUUAAUCACGACAUUUAACUACUACUAUUGAUUCUUUUUAAUAUGUACAUAUCUGUUGUUAUUGUUACUGUAUUGUUAUUUGUAUGUAUUUCAAAUCUUAUAUUAUACAGUACUCAGGCUUUGUCAUGUGUGUGUAUAAUUUCUCGGUUCUGAACAUUUUCGAAAACGAUGUUUUCACAGAUUCUUUAGUUAUGUGCUACUUACGCUGAAAAAAAUGAUUAACGUAUAUUUUUCAAAACUAUUGUAUGAGACAUUAAAAUGUCACGUAAUGUUUUUGAAACACUGCUAGAAAUGUCCGUACAAUUAAAUGAAAGGUUUCUAUGAUUCUACAUCAGUACAAGCCCAGAAUAGUCUUCUUUGUGACUGUAAGUGGUGACUUGUUGAACAAGUUGUGUGCGCCAACCAAUACUAUGCAAUAAUUGGACGGUUUGUGUUUUAAUAUUUGGAAAAAACGGGCUUCAUACAUGUGCGUUAAAUGUUUCCCAUAUUAGACUAAGAAGACCGCAAAUGUAAAUCAGGGACGACACUCUCCGCAUUUAUUGACUUUUGUUAAUGGCAGUCUAUUGUUAUCGAUAACUAGGCUCAAAGUUACGUCCCUAAUAAGUUUGUGCAGAUUAAACAGGCUAAUCUUGGACGAAACUUUUCGCACAUGAUUUAAGCCCGUAAUUUCCGAAGACUGGUUGAAAUAUCCAUAAGAUGCCGACACCACCAUUAAGUAGACUUGCUCCUGGCGGGAAGGUCUUCAGUGGUUACAUGGGGAACUAUUGUGAUAAGUAUGUUAUGUCAUAUAUAUUUAGUCAGACACGUGUCGUUGUAAUUUGGUAUCACAAAUAAAAUGAUAGUUACCACUA